AUGCGGGGCAAUCCAACCUCGUUCUUCUCCAUGACGGCCCUUCAAAAAGGAUGGAUGCUAGUUGCCAUCACGGUCAUUUUCUGGGCUAUACCUAUCGCAAUGAGCUUCCCAUCUAGUGCAAUGACCGUCAAAAAUGCAAUAUACACCCAUAUUAUACCACAGAUAGUGCCUAGUAUGGUCCCUCAAGAGACCUGGGGUGGCAAUACGACGGAAUUGUUAGAUAAGGGUUUGGCGAUGUACGUGACACCUAGCGACGCGGACGCGAAUGCUUUGGACAAUGUUCAGGUUGUCUCCAUCGACCCCUUGUAUUUUGUGACACUGCACACCAAUGUUAAGCCUGUUGUUCAGCAGCUAGCCACGGAAAGUAUGGUGAAUGGCGCCCCACGGACAAUGGACUCUCCUUGUGGUAUGAACUGCUCUUAUGAGAUCUCCUUCGACGGCCCUUAUUUCAAUUGCAAUCACACUCUUACAGAACACAUCACACCGGGUGAUUACAAUACUUCCAGUGCGCACAUCCAAUUUUAUGAGAGCAACUGGACUACGGCUCAGAAUAAGCCAGACGGUGGGAUUAUCGGGGACUAUCGUAUCAAGAGCCUCGAGGUACACGUCUUCUUCCUGAAUGCCUCUUCGGCAUACCAAUUGAGCUAUGCCACACAUGCCCUUACGUGCCGCCCAAGUCGGGCGAAAUACCACGUGGUGCAGCAGUUUCGCAACGGUCAACAGUCUUCGACUGUCACAACACGCGAUGCCCAAGACCUGGUCUUGAUGGAUGAGAUGCUGUACUUUUCCAAGGACAAUAUGACUGCCGGGGUCAUUGACCAGAUUCGAGACCGUAACAUAAUGACGCUGAUUGUGGCAAUGGCCAAUGUCCUCACUGGCACAGUGACAGGGGUUACGGUUGGUGUCGAUAACGGAUCCAUCCCGCAACAAGCAUACGUCUCAGGAAUCAUAGAGGAUUGGGACAGUCUGUUCGAUAUAACUGAAGACAAUCUCAAUUCGAUGUUAGCAAACAUCACUAUGAGUGUUAUUAACCAAUUCCAGCUUAACACAGCUACUACCAAUGUAACACGGCAUGAUCUACGCACGCAGUUUGCCUUCUCCCGGCCGUUGAAUCUUUUGCUCUCUUACUUUCUCUCCCUGGGUGUUGCGCUUCCUCUAGCUGCUGUAGGGUACUGGUCACUCCGACAGAAUGGCGUUCCAGCGACGGAUAAUGGCAUUCUGCAAGUAACUAUGACUACUCGGGGGAGCCCAAAGUUAGAUCAGCUGACGAAGGGUGGGUGCUUAGGGGGGAACCACAACGAAUCGGCGCAGCUUAAACAACUCGAAGUUCAGUUUGGAGAGGUAUCUCGAGCAAACAGUUCUCGAGAAGAGCAGAAUAGCCUUGGGGCUUCCACGUCAGAGCUCAGGAUGGCUGGAUUUGCGCCUAGAGAUGAGGUUACUCCUCUUCUCCGUGGGGAAAGAUAUGGAGUCACAUAUAAUGAUAAGGUCGCCGGUAGUAAGGUGCGCGAUGGGUCCCUGCUCACUGACGAUGGUGUACAUAAUUAG